AUGAAGGUUCUUAUUGUUGGCGCUGGCCUGGGUGGCCUUGCUUGUGCGAUUGCCUGCAAGAAGGAAGGGCUGGAAGUCGUUGUCCUUGAGAGGGCGAAUCGGAUUGUGCCGAUCGGUUCAGGUAUCCAGGUGCCUCCCAACGGGACCAGGAUUGCCCGGCAGUUGGGUUUCCUGGACAGGUUGCUGGAGCGCGGUGUCGCGAUUGACGGAGUACAGUUGCGCCGCUAUGCCAACGGAGAGCCACUGCAUCCGCUCUCUGAGAAAAGCUACCAGGAGCAGUAUGGGGAUCCGUGGAUGGUGGUGCACAGAGCUGAUUUUCACGCCGUAAUGUGGGACGAGUGUGAAGCCCUCGGCGUGGACCUCUGUUUGGAUUUGGAUGUCGAGAGUAUUGAUUUUGAAAACAACACUGUGUGGCUCGAGGACGGUGAUGACAUAUCCGGAGAUGUUGUUAUUGGUUCGGAUGGGAUGUCCGUGCUAAAUCUAAUAGGACUUUACUCGGUGUGUCGGAACCAAUUGCUUGGUAAACCUUCCCCCGCAGCCGAGACUGGUGAUGUUGCAUACCGUGCAAGCUUUCCGUUGGAGUAUCUCAAGAGCCUUAACGACGCGAAGAUUGAGGAGCUCUACAGCAGAAAACGAAUAACUAUAUGGGUUGGCCCUCAAAAGUACACAUUAUUCUAUCCCGUUAGAGGAGGGAAGGAGUUCAAUCUUGUCCUCUUCAAGCCUGAUGUUAUGCCGCAUGGCCAAAGGCACAUUGAUGGGGAAGUUGGUGAGAUGAGGCAAGAAUAUGAAGGUUGGGAUGAGACGUUGGUGAAGUUGAUUUCUCGCAUACCGAGGGUUCAGAAGUGGAAGCCUUGCACACACCCAGAGUUGGAGACGUGGACCAAAAAAUGUGUAGCACUCCUGGGCGAUUCUUGCCAUCCAAGCCUUCCAUACCAGGCGCAAGGGGCGGCCAUGGCUAUCGAAGAUGGUGCUGUGCUUGGAAGGCUGUUGGGCAUGCUUAACACUUCUGCACAGGAAAGCUUGACAGAAUUGAUCCCAGAGGUCCUUCAAUUGUACGAGUCGCUACGCAAAUCGCGAACCACACUCAACGUCCAAGGCGCAAGGUCGAAUCAUAAGUGGUAUCGUGUACCGGACGGACCUGAGCAGCAGGCUCGAGAUGCUGAGAUGGCAGGUUCAAGUUUGGGAGAGGGGCUGUUGCCAACAGGAUGGAGUUGGAUUGACUCGGAUUACCAACAGAAGCUCUUGGGACACGAUUCUGUGGCCGAAGCUGUCGAGGCCUUUAAGGCAUGGGAAACCUCUCGUGCAUGA